CUCGAACGCGAUGGAGGGCCUCCCGGCUUCCGCUUGUCUAAUCUUUAUCACCUUGGCCGUCAGUUCACCUGGCAUCCAGAGUGGAGUUUUCAAUGAGCUUACGACGCCCCUGGGUCAACAGAUCAUGCGGCAGGCCAAGUCCGCUGAGAUGCGCUCCUUUAUGGACACGAAUGUGAGUCCCUGCGAAGAUUUCUAUGGUUAUGCUUGCGGAAAGUUUGCGGUGAUAAAUGCAGCCACCAUGGAGAAAGACACCUUCAUCCGGCAAGACAUGUUUGCCCAUUAUCUCCGUCGGGUGAGGCAGUUGCUAAAUGAACCCCGAAUGAGCACGGAUCGGCCCAUGGAGGUGCGCGUAAAGUACUUCUACGAGUCCUGUCUGAACACGACGGCACUAAGGAUGAACCAGCGCGCCCAUUUGCUCAGUGUUCUGAGGGAAUUCAAUGGCAUGCCGGCGGUGGAUGGAAAUUCCUGGAAUUAUAUCGGAUUCGAUGCUCUCGAGACGAUGGCCCAGCUGCUGCGCCACUACGGAAAGAGGUCCCUACUGGGUGUCUAUGUGUCUCCGGAUUUCAUCAACUCGCAAAUUAAGCGUCUUUACCUGGGCCAGAGGGACGAUUUAGUGGAGCUCGAUUGGUCCACCAGUCUCGCCAAACAGCAGGAGCUCAAGCAGCGUUUGCAGAACCUCCUGGGUCUGUCGGAGCAGCUUGCUGAGAAGACUGCCGAAGAGCUCAUUGAACUGGAGAGGGAGUUAUCGCGUAGUGUUCUUGACCGUGGAAUGGACCGCGAUCCGCGAUUGAAGAACCGUCUGACCAUGCUGUCCAACAUGAGCGAUCCCCAUGAACCUAUUCUCAACCUGACUCGCUUUGUAAACUCCUGGUUGGGCCAUGAUUACAAUCUGCCUGUUUACGAGAAUGUGCCCAGCUACCUUUUCCGGGUGAAGAAGGUACUGUUGAGCACUCCCAAUUAUGUGCUGGCCAACUACAUGCUGUCCACUCUGUUAACCGACUUUGAGAUCCAAGCGAAUGAUGAUCAGCAGGAGCAGAUUUGUGCCCAACGGAUGACCGAGCUCUUUCCCGAUGUGAUGGAUCACAUGGUGUACCAUUCCCUAGAGCAGCAGAGUCCCCACAUAGCCAACGAGUUGGUGACUCUGUGGGUGGAACUGAAGGCCUCAUUCAAGGAAAUGCUAAGUUCCCCAGAUCUCGAGUGGCUUGACGAGCCGACGCGUUUGGAACUACUGGAAAAACUCAGGGGCAUGACCUUCGAGAUUGCAGGCGGUCAGGCAGUGGACUUUGAGGAGCGGUAUGGUGAUCUGGUGGUCAGCUCAGCCGACUACUAUGGCAAUGUGCAGCGCCUGCUGCAGGUGCAAGCGAGUAAUCUCCGUGCGGAUUUGAUGGAGGAAUCCAGAAAAAUAAACUAUUACGAUGGCGUGAUCCAGUCCCCAUUCUACAUUACCGAAAUGAAUCUGGUAGUUCUACCAGCCAGCUUUAUGCAGCACCGCUAUUUCUGGGACGACGUUUAUCCGGCUGCUCUCAAGUAUGGCACCCUGGGUUUGUUCCUGGGUCAUGAGAUGGCCCACGGAUUCGACGAUCUAAGCCGCCUCUUCGACAGCAAGGGUAACUUGAAAGAGUUCUGGAGCAAUCAGUCCAAGAUGGGCUUUGAAUCCGCGAAGAAUUGCCUGGUGGAUCAGUUCGGUAAGAUGCGGUACAGCAACAUGCUGUUGUCCAAGUUGGAGUCACAGGGCGAGAAUAUAGCAGAUAAUAUAGGCAUUCGCAUUGCGCAGGCGUCGUACAGUAAGUGGCUGGAGGAAUUGAAAACCCAGGAUACGGAAAGCCUACCACAUAUGUCGCAGUCUCCGGAGCAGCUUUUCUACCUGAGCGUGGCCCAAUCAAUGUGCUGCGAUAUUUGGCCCGAAAGGCGACCAGCAUUCAUCCGGAAUAGUGUCCAUUCUCCGAACGAGUCCCGGGUCUUUGCCAUGCUGGCCAACUCCCCAGCCUUCGCCGAGGCCUUCCAGUGCAGUAACGAGACCAAGAUGAAUCCCCCCACCAGAUGCUUAAUGUAUUGAGAUUCGCCUUAUCUAGCUGAUUACGCGAUGUGUGUGUAUAUUAUUGAAUUAAAUAGUUCCGCUUCCGAGCA